AUGGCGACCGCUGUCUCCCAGGGAGGCCUUGGCAACAGUGCCUUUAAGGACAAAGAGAAGCCCAUGGCGGUGCGAACCUCGAAUAUCCUGGCUGCUAGAGCGGUUGCGGACGCCAUCAGAACGUCUUUGGGGCCGAGAGGAAUGGACAAGAUGAUUCAAACACCCAAAGGAAACACGAUCAUCACCAAUGAUGGAAACACCAUGUUGAAGGAUAUGAGUGUGAUGCACCCUGCCGCCAAGAUGCUGGUUGAUCUGAGUGCCGCCCAGGACGUCGAGGCUGGUGAUGGAACAACCUCCGUCGUUGUCAUCGCCGGUAGCUUGCUCGGGGCCGCUGAGCGACUGCUGACCAAGGGCAUCCACCCCACCGUCAUCUCGGAGUCUUUCCAACGAGCCGCCGCUGCCGCUGUCCAGAUCCUGCAUGGAAUGUCUCGCCCGAUCAACUUGACCGACCGUGGUACCCUCCUCCAAGCCGCGUCGACCUCACUCUCCUCCAAGAUCGUGUCUCAGCACUCUGGUCUUCUCGGCCCCAUGGCCGUCGACUCGGUGUUGAAGGUCAUUGACCCCAAGACAGCGGACAAUGUGGACCUGCGGAACAUCCGCAUCAUCAAGAAGGUUGGCGGGACGAUUGACGACUGCGAGAUGAUCGACGGGCUGGUGUUGAACCAGGGAGUGAUCAAGAGCGGCGGAGGUCCCACACGGAUUGAAAAGGCUCGGAUAGGUCUGAUUCAGUUCCAGCUCAGCCCGCCCAAGCCUGAUAUGGAGAACCAGAUUGUCGUCAACGACUACCGCCAGAUGGACAAGAUUCUCAAAGAGGAGCGUCAAUAUAUUUUGAACAUGGUGAAGAAGAUUCAGAAGACCAAGUGCAACGUUCUUCUGAUCCAGAAAUCGAUCCUUCGUGACGCCGUCAACGAGCUGUCUCUCCACUUCCUCUCUCGUCUCAAAAUCCUCGCGGUCAAGGACAUUGAGCGCGACGAGGUCGAGUUCCUUUGCAAGAGCCUCGGCUGCAAGCCCGUUGCCAACAUCGACUCUUUCACCGAAGACAAGCUGGGUACUGCCGACCUUGUGGAGGAGGUGCAGGCCUCCGGUGCCCGCUACGUCAAGAUCACAGGCAUCAAGGCCCCCGCCACGACGACCAACCAGACGGUCUCGAUCGUGGCUCGCGGUGCGAACAGCCUCAUCCUCGACGAGGCCGAGCGCUCCCUGCAUGACGCGCUCUGUGUCAUCCGUUGCCUGGUGAAGAAGCGUGCUCUUAUCGCCGGUGGUGGUGCUCCUGAAGUGGAGGUAGCCCAUAGCCUGGCCCUCCGCGCGCGAGAACUGACCGGAACGGAAGCCAUCUGCUGGAAGGCCUUUGCGGAAGCCAUGGAAGUCAUCCCCACCACCCUUGCGGAGAAUGCUGGUCUCAACUCCAUCAAGGUCGUCACCGAGCUGCGCCACCGCCACGCCCAGGGCCAGCACAACGCCGGCGUCAGCAUCCGCAGCGGCGGUGUCAAGGACGAUAUCACGGAAGAGAACAUCCUGCAGCCUCUCCUGGUCAGCACCAGCGCCAUCGAGCUGGCUGCCGAGACGGUCAAGAUGAUCAUGAGGAUCGACGACAUUGCUCUCUCCAGGUAA